AUGGCUAUAACUGGAGGCACAGUGGAAACUCUGGAUGAAAUCCCAGCUCACGUGUGGAAAGGUUUGCCCGACUGUUUGAGUCUCAGACCUUCUGCUAUAAAUCAAAGCCGCAUCGGUGUCUGGGCCACUCGGGUCAUUCCUAAAGGCAAGAGGUUUGGUCCAUUUGUCGGAGAGAAGAAGAAAAGGUCCCAGGUGACCAGUAAUGUUUACAUGUGGGAGGUUUAUUUCCCAGCUCGGGGAUGGAUGUGUGUUGACGCCACAGAUCCCAUGAAGGGGAACUGGCUGCGAUACGUGAACUGGGCGAGCUCCAGUGACGAGCAGAAUCUUUUUCCUCUGGAGAUCAACAGAGCAAUUUACUACAAGGUUUUAAGGCCUAUCCGGCCCGGAGAGGAGCUGCUGGUGUGGUUCACUGUGGAAGACAAGCCCGAGAUAACAGCUGCACUGGAGGAAGAAAGAGCCAGCAGCAGCCGCCGGAGCAGGAACCAGCCAGCCCGGGCGAAGCGAGCACGAAGGAAGCUGCUGGAGGGAGCCAGGCCGGCUGGUUCGGGUGGAUUGAAGAAAAAAAGUAGAACCAAACCUACUGGCAAGGAGAUGUGGGAUGGGGAGGAAAGUCAGAAGGAGGAGGAUGAGAGGCCAUUCGCCUUGGGAACCUCGCAGGAAACCCAUCCCAUGGCGAGCACUGACUGUAAAGAUGUGCAGGAUAUGUCAGCAGGAUUAAUGGACAGGGGAAAUGGGGAUGAGGUAGAGGUAGAGGAGGAGGAAGAAGAUGAGGAGGAAGAGGAUGCUGAUGAUUUGAUGGUACAACAGCAAAGGGAUCAGCAUUUAGCUGCAGCUGAUUCAAUGCAAAAUAAGCAGUCUAGCAUGUCACUGACUUCUGGUAAAGAAAGCCACAAUAUAUCAGAGCCCAAGUCAGAGUCUUCCUCAAUUAGAGGGCAAGAACCAGAGGUCGACCCUGAUCUUGACCUUGACCCUUACCCCGAUGGUGAUCUUGAAAUAGAUCUACAAGGAGAGUCAUAUCCCUGUCAGCACUGUGAACGUCACUUCUCCACCAGACAGGGUCUGGAGCGUCACAUACACAUUCAUGCUAUCACAAACCAGCAGACACAACUGUUUAAGUGCAGAUAUUGCAGUAAAUCCUUUGGCUCACAGGUGGGUCGGCGCCGGCAUGAGAGAAGGCACGAGAGUGGACCCAAGAAAAGACCCGGCUCUCUGGCUGGAACUGCCGCUCUCCUCAGUCCUGUGGUGCAGACUGAUGGCUCAAGUCCCGACUGCGCCAGCCUAACUAGUCAGUACAUAGCCAUAGGGUCUCAGCUAACCGGAGGGCCUCUGCACACCUCUGACUUGCAGAGAAAAGAGUUUGGGCCCCAUGGUGACCGUCCCUUUUUACUGGAUGACCACGGAGAGUCCAAGGAGCUCCAUCCCUGCAAGUAUUGCAGUAAAGCGUUUGGCACACACACCAACAUGCGGCGACACCAACGCAGAAUACACGAACGGCACUUGUUACCAAAGGGUGUUCGCAGGAAAGGAAUGAUGCUGCAGGAAGCAUCAGUGCAGAAGCAGCCGCAGCCAGACGAGUCCCCCAGCGCCAGCCCCCCGCCUGUCUAUGUGCCCAGUGCAGACACAGAAGACGAGGUAGACAGGGACGAUUACGCAAUUGAUAUAUCCAAAAACAUCUCAGAGAAUUUGAGCUUCUACAUUGACGGCAAGAUUUUGUCCAGCAGUUCAGUGAGCACCUGUGAAGUCAUAGAAGUGGACUCCAGGUCUGCAGCUCUGUUUGGUCUGGACACAGUUAUCAUCAGCCCCAAUCAGAUUGGACAGGCGCUGAAGAUGGAGGGGAGAAUGGGGGCUGCAAAGCAAGUCUCCAAUGCCGGCCAGUCAGCAGGCAAGAGGAGAACAUCUACACCUCCAUUUAUUCCCAGCCUCAAAGUGGAGACCGAAUCAACACCUUUCACAGCCUGUUCAUCAUCCUCAUCAUCCUCUACAUCUUCCUCUUCUAACUUGCUAAUGGGAGGACUGUUCCAGCAAGCCACAGAUUCAUCAGCAUUUCUGAGAGAGAAAACAGUUUAUCUGUCGCCGAAGCUCAAACAGCUCCUUCAGACGCAAGAUGUUCAGAAAUCAACCAUUGCCCUUAUAACAGAAAGCCAUCGAUUGGCCUCCCCGCUGUCAGUCACCCCCCUGCCAGGGGCUUCAGGCAGGUUCAAAAGGAGAACAGCGUCUCCCCCUUCGUCUCCACAGCUCAGUCCUGUGUGUAAAACAGAGAGCUGUAAAUCCGAGGUGGCAAGCUCAUACACCCUCAAGGUGCCAAAGCUGGAAAGCCACAGUGUGUCACUUCCUGGGAGCCUACUGGACAAAGACGAUGGGGACACCCUGAGCCCCUCCGGAAAUAAUGCGCACAACCAAACGUCUGCUGGUAGCGGAGGAAACUCCUGUAAUCAACAGCCCCUGGAUCUGUCCAACUCUGUCAGUCGGAAAAGUGAGAGCUCGAACAAGGUGAUGGGAGAUUCAGCUCUUGAUUUGAGCUUGAAUCGUAAGAGCUCAGCUGAGCCUGAAGCAAAGGGAAGCCCAGCGCCACAGCCUUUAACAAAAAAGCGAAAGCCUAACACCAGCAUGCUUGAGAAGGUGCUGAUGAAUGAGUAUGUAGGUCUGACUUUGCCAGGAGAGGAGGGCCCCUCGGCCUUAGCAAACCUGAGUUGUUUCCAUUCUCGGUCUCCAAACGUUGAAUCAGAGUCUGCCAACCCGUCUCCUCCCUCUUUGACCCCUGUCACAUUGAACCCAUCCUCCCCAAGUUCUUCUAGCGUGACAUCCCCAACACCGCCUCCCCCUGUACUACCUACCAUACCGUCUCCACCAGCUAUGCCUAGUUCUCCUCUUUCUCAGCUUACAGACUUAUCUGCUCUCAGACCUCUUCCCGUCCUCUCGCCAAAAAUGUCUCCGAGAUCAGACGAACACAUGUCCCUGUCAGAUUCAGAGAGGAUUUACUCAGCUGAAGAAGACGAAUAUGAGGAAGAGGACGAUGUCCCGGAGCCCCUGGACUCCCUGGAAACUCCAAUUAUAGAUCCCCUUAACCCAAAACCACGUCCUCUUGAGUCUACGUCAGUAGAUCUUCACGCUACAGAAGAUGUUUCUGUGACUAGCAACACUCUGCUAAAUGGCAAGUUGAAGCAAGAACUUGACUCUGUAACAGAGAAAACUUUAAAAUCAGACUUUGCCACUGUCUCACCUCAACCAGAAUCCUCAUCUCCAUCGCCAUCUCCUUCUCCUACAUCACAUGAUCAAUCCCCAUCACUUGUUCCACAAUCCCUCCUCCAGAUAAAGAUAAAAGAAGAACCUCAACACUGCACUGACGAUUUGUCAGUUACGAAACAUUCUCCUCAGGAUGUUGUUGACACUUCAUCCAAACCUGCUGCUCCUGAUAAACCUGAUAAAACAUCUGAGCCAAUGGAAGCCGACUCAGCAUACUGCAAGACUUUUGUGUGUAAUGUCUGCGAGGAGCCCUUCAACUCCAUCAAAGAGCUCAGUGGACAUAUCACAGUUCACGCUGCCGACUGGCCCUUCAAGUGUGAAUUCUGCGUGCAGCUGUUUGGGGACGGGCCCGCCCUGCUGGCUCACCGGACAGCACUGCACGGAGUGGGCAGGAUCUUUGUGUGCUCUGUUUGUUCCAAAGAGUUUGCCUUUCUCUCUAAUCUCCAGCAGCACCAGAAGGACCAGCAUCCGAAUGAGACGUGUUCGAAUACGACCAUAGAGAGCGGCAAACUCAGGCCCCAGAACUACACGGAUCCAUCCAGAGCCAAAGAGGAAAGCAGUCCCUCAACACCUGCACCACAGAUGAUUAAUGAACCUGUUCCACAGAGUGAGUCAGAUCUAGUUAAAGAUGAACCUGAUGUUAAUGGUAAUCAUGCAGAUGAUGGAGCAGAGGACCCCAAUGAGGAGCUAUACACUACAAUCAAGAUCAUGGCUUCUGAGGGAGGGAAACCUAAAGGCCCAGACGUUCGCCUUGGCCUUAAUCAACACUACCCCAGUUAUAAGCCACCCCCAUUUCCUUAUCACAGCCGCUCCCAUGCUGGCUCUGUGGCUUCGGCUACCAACUUCACCACCCACAACAUCCCACAGACUUUCAGCACUGCCAUUCGCUGCACAAAGUGUGGCAACAGCUUCGACAACAUGCCCGAACUGCACAAGCACAUACUAGCUUGUGCCACUGCUAGUGAUAAGAAGCGCUACACUCCCAAGAAAAACCCCAUCCCCCUCAAGCAAAUAGUGAAGAGCCCGAACGGACUUGUGUCGCCCACAGCAGCCGCUGCAGCCCAGAGUGCUUUCCGUAGAAUGGGUCAGCCAAAGAGACUAAACUUUAAUCAAGACACUGGUAAAACAAAAAUGAGUUCCCUCAGCAAGAAGAGGAACCAGCUUGUCCAGAAGGCGAUAUCUCAGAAAAACAAAGCCGCCACCAUUGCAAAGAAGGCUAAUGUUAAAACUGAAGAAGAGCAGCCUUCUAAUGUCUGCCACCACUGCAGCCGGGAGUUCACUUAUCCUGCAAGUCUCCAUAAACAUAUGGCGGUCAGCUGUCCCAUGAAGCCCGUUGUGAAAAAGGGCAAAAAAGGUCUAGCAGAGGUGAAAAGAGAGGCAGGGUCUGUGGUAGACAAAAGCAUGAGUCUUAGGAAAAAAGCCUUAGACUUUGAAUUGCAGACAGAGCCAGAGCGUAAGCUGCUGGGAAAGACCAGAGCUCGCAGCUCUGUUGCAGCGAACCCUGAACCUUCCCAGACAAGCAAAGGAAAAACUGCAGCUGGUCUGGGCAGACUAAAGAGGCCUGCAUCUUUCCCAACCCCCGUUUCUGCGAGUAAAAAAGCUAAGAAGGGCCAAGUCCAGUCUCUACCUCCCACCCCCAUCCCAGCCCCUGACACUCCCAGUGACACUGCACAACAGCGGCCGGCCAUGAGAAUGCAGCGUAUGGGUAAAGAGGCAGCACCCAAGAAAUUAGCAGAGGCCAAAUCUCCACCACCAUCACAACAGCAGCUGAAGAAAGAGGAGCGGUUCUCUUUGCGAACACGGGAGCGAGUUGGCGGUCCGGUCACCAGGAGCUUACAGAGCACAGCUCCUCCUGCUGAGGUUCAGACUGAGGAGCCACCGGUUCAAGAGCCAAAAGAGACUCAGGAGGUUCUGACUAAGUGAGCCAUGUGGACAUUGUUGAGCUCGUCCUGGGAUGAUGGUUCUCACCUCUCAGGCAAAGCUCUGGAUUUUCCAAGAUACUGACGGCACUGAGGUUGACCUCUCGUGGUGGGCUCACUCACUCACGAACAAGUGAAGUUUGCUUAUCUCAACUGCCUUUGCUGGAUUUAAGGAGGGAACUCUCUUUAUCUUCCAUCUAAUCAACUGAGCCUCGAUUUUAGCCAGCCUUGCAAAAAAAAGAGGAAAAAGAAACUGUCAAUGACAAUGAGUUAAUAUAUACAUGUGUCAUUACUUGACCCAAAACAGUAACAUUAGGGCUCCGUUAUUUGGGAAGGCUGAUAUAUUGCAAACGGCAAUCAUGUAUCAGUUAGUUCGGGAAACCUGUUUAUUCUUUCGUUCCUUGUUUUCUCCCUUCGGUUGUUUAGAUUUAUGGAUGUUCUCUUAAUGCAUGUGCUGAAUAGAGUAUAAACUAGAUUAAGCCAAUUUACAUGUCUCUCACAAUGGGCACCUACUUCAGUUUAUACAUGAUUUGCAAAGUAUGUAUGUUUGAUUUAAAUUUCUGUAGUCAUUAUAUUGUAGAAUAUAUCUUGUUGGUGUAUUUUUGUUUGGGAAACAAAAAUGAAAAUGGCAGUUGUUUACUGCAACAAUUGGUCCUCAGGAACACUGUUUAUGUGUGUGGUAAGUAUGUGAAUGGUUAUGGUUGGAUGCGACAGCUAUUCCUUUGGUCGAAAUCUCAAGUACGUCUCAUGUUUUUUACACCUUUUUUUUCUGUUUAUCUGAAAUUAGCAGGUAAUUCCACUUGUAAAAUAACGGGGAAUCAUGUUCAUCUCAAAUAUUGCCCGUCUUGAUUUUAGACGUCACUCAGCCGGCCCAGUGUUCUUACAGCACUUUAAAAUAAAACUGCCAAAAUUUCCAGCUGAAUAAGUGAAGAUUGGCUUUAUUCAUCGGUGAAUAAUAGAAUGUAUUCUGGUCACUUUGCAGACACUGGUUAUUUACGCCAAAUUGGUGUGAAUGAAUGGUUCAUCUGGUCUCAAAUAGUAGUUUUGCAGCCUUCCUGUCGAAUCUCCGUUAAGCAAUUUGAUAAAUGAAACUGACACAUGAACCAACUUUUAUCUGCCAAAAUGUGAGAUGAUAACAGUGUCGAAGAGUUGCUGCAGUAUUCUGUAGAUUUAGUAGAAGUUGCUUCAUGUGUUGAUUUUCCUACAAGAGCCAUGCAACGGUUAUCUAGCUGAAUGAUUUAGUUUAUUUUAUUCUGAGGAUUAAGUCAUCUUUAAUUCAGUGUCUUGAUUUAUUCGGUUAAAACUGUAUAUGAUGAAAAUGUCCCCGUUAAUGAAAACCCUCUUAUUUUCAUUUCAUAGUGCUCUCCCCCAAUUGCUCACUCUUUACCAUAUUCAUUGUACCAUAGAGGCAGACACACAGGCAGUGCUUAAAAACACUUGUAGCAUGUUAUGGCAAAGUAAAUUGAACAAUAUGAUUUGAAGCUAAUUUAUUUUUCCAUGAGAAAUCUUCAUGUUUUUGCCUUUCAGCAUCAAUAUUAUGUAUUUAAGGAUGAACAAAGACUAAAAUCCCAAAUGACCUCAAGUAAGACAUUGCUGUAAUU